GUUUCUUUCUCCCUUGCUGGGACAGAAAAGUGAAGGAUCGAGGUCAUCUGAAAAGCGACUUGCUGUCAACAUCUCCACUUUUCUCUGCUGCCACAUCACGGUAGAAGGAAGCCACAAGAUGUUCAACCUUCAAGUUACGGUCCACAAAGUCACCACUGGAGAAACAUUUGGGGCAGAUGAAGAGCUACUGAAACAAGUAAAGGCCGGCCUUCGUCUGGAGUUCACAAGCCCACAGGACAGUGAUGUCAUCAUUGUCUUCUGUCCAAUCAGCUCUCGCCUCGGGUCAGAUGUGGAGGCAGCCAGGAGGCAGAUGCCAGAGUCAUCAGGUGAUAAAAAGAUCAUUCUGGUUCUGAUGCACCACACCAGAGAUGUGAACUACUCUGUGUCGGGGACGGGGGGGUCUGAUGGCUUCCAGAACGUCGUCUUGUACGUUGAUGUCCUCUUCCACGAGAGUCAGCCAGGACUGCUGACCUGUGAAAAAAACCGGGUGGCUGUCAGGCAAAUACAAACUACUUUAGCUCAGCACGGUAAUAGUAUAUUUUGCAGAGAUAAAAAGCAAUUGCUGAAGUUGGCAUCGUGGGUGCUUGUGGCGAUUGGUUUGAUAAAGUUUAGGAAAAGAAUUACCAAUUUUAUUUACUUUUUUCUUUUCCCGUAUGGGUCUUCAACAGUGGAUCAUCAGUUUCCACUUCGCCCUAUUUUCUAUGACAGGCUGUACAUGCACAGUCUCAUCUAUCUCUGUUAGCGCCCAUGUUUCACCUGCUUACAGUGUUGGUGAGCGUCUCUCGCACACCCGUGCCUUAAAUAAAGUCAUGAUAAAACCUUCCACUAUGGUGGAGUAUGGUUUUGAAAAUAAAAUAGCUUUGUACUAGGAAUGGUCUAGAAAAGCUAAUAAUAAUAAUAAUUUGUCUUGCCAUUAUAAUUUUUGUAUUUAUUUUAAUUGUGGCUUUGAUUGAAACUUCAUGUAAUGAUUCAUUUAGUAUUUAUGGGUUUCAUACUAUAAAUCAGAGGAGAACUCAUCUCUAACCUCAAUCUGUUGGUGAAAAUAAACACAAGAACCUUGUGCUGCAAAUAAAGACUAGCACUGUGUAAAGGUCUUGGCACAACUUAAACCAGUGAGCAGCAAUACCUGACAUGUCUCUAUUUUCACCAGUGUUUUGUUUAGUGGCUAAAUGUGAUCACUUCCCUAAUGCCAGCAAACUGGCGACCAUAACCGAAACACCACACCGCCAGAGAGAGCAGGGAAGAGGAGGCAGGACUGAUUUGAAUUAAAAAGAUAAUCUCAUCAAUAAUCCAUCACUGCUUGUCCUGCCUCAAUACAUUUUAUGAAAAUACUAAAAUUAAACAUUUUACUAUCAACAAGGUCACAUGUCUGUGAUUAAAACUUAAAACUAUUCUUGCUAAAAAAGAAAAAAGACCAGCCAGACUAAUUUAACACACAAGGCUCUUAUUCGCAACAAGUACUGACCUGAAGUGUUUGUAAAAGUUUCAUGUGAUUAGAACUGAUGUAUAAAACUAACAAAACAUUAAAAAGAAAUCAACCAGCCAAUUUGGAUCCAACUUAACACCAGUUAACUGGAUGUAGGGGGCGCUUAGGAUGCAGCAGCGCACUCUGCUGGCAGAACAAUGAAACUACAAAACAAAUGGUUGAUAAACUUCUUUAAAUUGUCCAAAAACAACAUUUGUGCUUUUAAUAAUGUAUUAAAUAUGGUAAAUCAUCAAUGUACCGUUUGUACUAUAUGUAAUGCAUACAUAUGACCAAGAAUGUUUAUUAACGUCUCCCGUCUGGUUGUUCAGGUAGAAAAUGUGUUCUGUUUCCUGCAUGUACUUACUCACUUUGGUUUUAGGUGGUCAUAUUUGCCCACUGCUGUCACUAAGUAACAAGAUGUUUAACAGGGGCUUACGCCCUUUGUUUAUAUAUGUUGAUUCACUUUGAUCUUUAUGUGUCAAUAGUAUAAAUAAAAUUAUUUAAA